UCUCAUUCUCCCUAGCACAGACAACUGAAGCAAUCGAUGGAACCUCUCGACUGAAACCACCGUUCCUCAUGCUCGCUAGCUCCACCGUUGUCGUUCCCUUUCACCAUAACCACCGUUCCUCACGCUCGCUAGAUCCUCCGCCGGAGUCAGUGGUCGAAUCCACAGUAUGCGGUGGUGAAUGGGUUUCCCUUCGCGUGUCCGCCGCUCGUCGCUCGCAAACCGUCAUCCUCCAUCGCCAGUUAACAAGCUUAAGGGAAAAGUCUGAACCGUCAUCCUCCAUCGCCAGAGCUUAAGGAGCAACAAAAGCAUCUCGAUUUCUAUCCUGUAUUAUCAGUUCAAGCUCAUCCAUACCAGCUUCCAGCUUAUUAAGCAGCUCACGCAAGGGAUACUUGUGUUUAGGAUAGAUCUAAAUUUCCAAAAUUGCUGGCUCAAACUUUUAGUGGGAUAACACUUGUGUACAUUCUUUUUGGGUUAUGUGGUUACAUGGCUUUUGGUGAAGAAACCAAAGACAUUGUGACCCUUAAUCUCCCUAGAAAUUGGUCAUCUCUUACUGUACAGAAAUAUGCUUUCACAUUCAGCUCUGGGACUCAAAAUUUGUAUGGGAGUGGUGGCCUAAGUUAUGGAACAAGUUCUGCCAAUUCCACUGCAUACAUUGGAUUAGGGGAUGGGACAGUUAGAGGAAACACAAUUAGCAACACUGGAGUUGGUGUAUCACUCAGUAAUGGCAACCUCGGCUUUAGAGGUGAAAACAACAAUAGUGGUUUGGGGAUUGGAGGGUAUCGAAGAAGCAGUGAUGUUGAUAUACCCCUAACAUCAUCUUACUCUGCGCCAAAUGGUGGUUUUGAUGGACCUUUUUCUGAAUUUUACAGUAGCAGUUCAGUUAAUGAUGACCCCAUUUAUCGGUCUUCGAAUUUUGAGCCAGAUGGAUUUGAUCCCUUUGGUUAUGGACUUGGCGUCGUAGCUUCAGAUGUUUCUGCCAAAUGUUCUCCAGGUUAUGUUGGAAGUUAUACAGUCAACAAGAGGCAGCCAAAUAAGGAUUGAUUUUGAAACACAAAUUGCUGCAAGAGACUCACAGGAGAAUGAAGAUGGUGCCCACAAAAAAUCAAAUGAUGAAAUCUACUUGGAGGUUGUUGGGGGUGCGAACAAGAAGGGGCGGAUUUAUGGAUUAGGUGCAGAGGCUGUAAAGUUCAAAGGUUCUAAGGCCACGUCAUCUCUUGGCUCUCACCCUCAGAGUAUGAGACAAUGAGAAAUCUUGUUUCUACUUUAACAGAGGAGAACAAGAAGCUAAAGGGAAAAAUGGAGACAUAUGAUGAAAAAUUUGCAAACUUGGACAGAUUCUUGGAGAGCUUUCCUCAAAGCAUGGCUUCACGCUCUGUUGAACAAUCACCUACAAAUCAGCAUAACAUAGAUGAUGAAGAAUUAGAGGAUGAUUUGGAUGGCAUUUGAUUUAGAUGAAUAUAUGUAUUUGAUACUAUGUUUUUAAUUAUACUUGACAUUUUACCAUGACUAUGUAUGGAUUCACUACUAUGGUUAUGUAGGUUGAUGAACAUGAUCUUAAAUAUGAAACUUCAAAUCAAAAGUAUAUUUUGAAUUA